AUGUCAUCUCCAAAACCCUACCUCUCAAAUGGGCGUAUGCUAGAAAGCCCGCCGAUCUCCGCCCGCAUCCGCUACUUCAUCGAUGACCUCUACAUCUUCUUCGGAUUAUACAUCGUCAGCCUAUUUGCGUUAAAUGCUUCUUCGGCCGCCCGAAGCUCCCAGUUCAAUAUUCAGAAUAUAGACAAUACCCAAAUCCAUCGGUCUCGGUGGGGUAGUUCGCGAGGAGGUGGUGGUGGUGGAGGCGGCGGCGGAGGGCCAGGAGGACCAGGCGGCGGUCCUGGGAAGAGACCUGGUGGUGGCGGAGGUGGAGGGCCUACGAGGCGUAUUGGGCGAGUUGAUGAUAUUCGCGGGCCGGAGUGUGGGAGUGGAGGUUGCAGGAGGUAG